AUGUAUAUCAAAGAAAUCAUUAUUGAUGGCUUUAAAUCUUAUUCCCAAAGAACGGAGAUUAAAAAUUUCGAUCAAGAAUUUAAUGCUAUAACAGGAUUAAAUGGAAGUGGUAAAUCCAAUAUCCUGGAUUCUAUAUGCUUUGUUUUGGGAAUUUCUAAUUUAUCUCAAGUUAGGGUAAACAAUUUACAAGAACUCAUAUAUAAAAAUGGUCAAGCUGGAAUUACAAAAGCUACUGUUAGUCUAAUAUUUGAUAAUUCAUUUAAAGCACAGUCCCCAAUAGGAUAUGACAACUCGGAAGAAAUUAUAAUUACUAGACAGAUUAUUUCUGGUGGUAAAAAUAAAUAUUUAAUUAAUGGGUAUAAUUCAACAAAUCAGCGUGUUAGUGAUUUAUUUCGUUCAGUCAAUUUAAAUGUAAAUAAUCCACAUUUUUUAAUUAUGCAAGGGCGUAUUACCAAAGUAUUGAAUAUGAAAGCUAUCGAAAUACUAUCUCUUAUUGAAGAAACAGUUGGAACUAAGCUAUAUGAUACUAAACGGAAUUCUGCAUUAAAAAUUAUUGAGAAGAAAGAUUCAAAAUUAGAAGAAAUUCAUAAAGUUAUUAAAGAAGAAAUAAUGCCAUUGUUAGAAAAGUUGAAUAAGGAUAAAGCAUCCUAUCUUGAUUAUCAAAAAAUUACACAAGAUUUAGAUCAUUUUGAUAAAAUUUAUAAAGCCUAUAUUUAUUGGAAUGCCCAAGAAUCUCUUGAAAAAUAUCAGACAAAAUUAUCGGAAGUGAUGCUUAAAAUUCAGUGUAAUAAAUCAGAUAUAGCAAAAAAAGAUUUGAUGAUAUUAAGCUUUGAUACUUAUAUACACGAAUUAGAAAAAAAAUUAGGAAAAGAAAAGGGGAAUAACAUCGAACAUCUAGAAGGAGAAUUGGGUGAACUUAAAAGAGAAGACAGUAAAAUGGAAAGUAAAACAAAAAAUGCUGAUCAAAAUUUAUCUCAUGAAAAACAAAAGCUCAAAGAGAUUCAAAAUUCUUUAAUUGAUGAGGAAAAACAAAAGAAAACAAACGCAAAGAUUAUGAACGAUUACGAAAUACCUCUUCAAAAAUUGGAACAAAAUUUUAAAGAUGCUCAAGUUGAUUGCAGUAAUGCACAAACAAGGUUGCAAGCAUGCAACACGGGUAUGUUCGAAGUCCAAGAGGGGGGUGAAUCAACUACACUCACCCAACAAUUCAUAAAAUUACAAUCAAAGCUUGCAGAGUUGCAAACGGAAAAAGAACAAAUUCAGAUGAAAUUAACUCAUGCACAAUCCAAUUUGAGGGGCGAACUCGAAAAAUCAAACAACUUCUCUAGACACGAAAAAAUUGAUCUUCCCGUUCAAGAAAAAGAAUUCAAAGAUAACAUAAAAUUGUUGCAUUCCAUCGAGAAAACUCUCGAUACUCUUCAAAACGAGCUAAAAAGUCAUGCGUACCAUAUAAACCCGGAUGAAAUGGAUGCCGAUAAACUAUUAAAGGUUCAACUACAAUCAAGGAAUCAGUUGAUCGCGAACAUUCAAAAUGAAAUUGGCCUGAAAGAAGGCAAUUACCCUGAAUUGAAAUUCGAUUUCAGUGAUUUCGCAAACAUGAAAUCAAGCGAAAAGGUUAAGGGGAAAAUCCUAAACCUUAUAAAUGCGUUGACCAAUCAGAAAUAUUGUCGUGCUAUAGAGGUAGCGGCUGGUGGUAGGCUUAAUAACGUAGUAGUUGACACUGAACAGACUGCCAAGCAAAUUUUGAUGCAUGGAAAAUUAGUUAAUCGAACCACUUUCAUUCCACUCAACAAAAUAACGCCCAAAUAUAUCAAAAAUAGCAUCAUCGAAUUAGCGACUCAAAUUGGUGGAGGCUCAGAAAACGUGAUACCAAUGAUAGAUAUAAUCAAAUAUACAGACGAAAACAUAAGACUAGCCAUGCAAUUUGUAUUUGGUAAUACACUUUUUUGCAAGGAUAUCGACACAGCCAAAAAAAUAGCUUUUCAUCCCCAAAUCAAACUACGAUGUGUAACUUUGGAUGGUGAUAUUCUGGAGCCAUAUGGGACUGUAUCUGGAGGUUACCACAAUCCAUCUAGUUUUUCAGCACUCUCGAAAAGCCUCGAAAUUAAUGAGCUCAAAAACAAGUUGGCAGAUUUGAUCAUGGACACAGAUGGGUUGGCAUCGCAAUUUGAUAAAAUCAAAGAAAACCAAAAUAAGUAUCAAGAAAUCAAUAGACUUAUAGAGUUAAAGAGCCGAGAUAUGAAUAUGUUGAAUUUCAAAAUUAAAAACAACCAUUUUUAUCUGCUACAACAAGAAAUGGAGGAUACGAAAAAACUCAUAGACGAUGAGGGCCUAAAAUUAAAAGCUGUGAUUUGUCAAAUAUCGGAGACAGAAUCUAAUAUAGCUGAUAUAAAACUUAAGCUAAGCGAUGUUGAUAGUUUUCAAGAAAAUCAAAUCAAAUUGGCCAAAUUGCAAGUUGAAAAAUCUAAGACUCAUCUCGAUGACCUUCAAAAUCAACUCAAGGAUUCUAACAUGGAAUACGAGAAAUUAAAGGUGGCUAUCAUGGAAAACGACAAAUAUAUCGAAAAUUAUAAAAUAUCGAUUACUGAAGUACAAACAAAUAUAAUUAAAGCCGAAACAGAUUUUAUUAACCUAAAGCUUGAACAUCAGAAAAUUAAGGGUUUAGAAAUUUGGGGCUUUGCUUUAUAG